AAUUAAAUUAUAAUUAAAAAAAAAUAUCUAAACCUCAAACGCCAAAUCUCAUACUUCUUCGUUCUUCUUCUCUUUUUUUUUUCUGAGGUUUAGAUCCACUCAAACACAAUCGGUCGACUCAAAUGCAGGAGAGACAAACAGACGAAUCGAUCGAUUCAAACGCAUGGGAGAGACGCCUAGGAACUGGAGAAGCUUCGAACAAAACUGGAGAAGAUCAAAUCUCAGAGCCCUAGAAAUCCCCAAUCUCCACCAUAGCAGACGAACCUUCACCUGAGAAGAAACCUCACUGGUAAAGAUCCUACUAAACAGGACCCAGAUCUGAAAGCUCACCAUGGUGAAAGGCUCUCGACGUACGGUUCAAAGUUUUCUGCAUUUGAAAAAAAAAAUCUGAGUUUUUUUACUACAAAAAUGGUGAAUGUUACCUACCCAAACAAUAAGUGUUCUACCUGUGAAAAAAAAAUUGGUUUUUGUUAGGAGAUCAAGACAUACAGGAGAAAGAAACUAGAAGAGUUACCUUAUAUCCUUAUACUGACAUCAAGGUUGUUCGUGACGAGGAUUUGAUUGCACAGAUAGGAAGGGAUAUGUAUUUUGAUCUUGUAAAUCAUGACAAAGUUCGUAAUUUUCGUAUUCCAAACCUAAUUACCUUCUACAAAUUUAAGGAAAAGGUAGCCAUAGAGUUCGAUGUACCAGUGAAAUUUCAACGAUUCUGGGUGUGGGAAAAACGCGACAAUGAUACCUACAGACCUUUAAGGCCUUUGACAAGUGUGGAAGAACAAAGACGUGUUGGAGAACUGACAGAUUAUUUAGACAAGAAGAGAAAGAGAGAAGAAGUGCUAAGGCUUUUUCUGGAAGUAGAACUUGAUUUGGAUUUGCAGCCUGUUGCUCCUCCACUAAAAUCUAAAGAGGAUGUUCUUUUAUUUUUUAAACUUUAUGACCCUUGGAAAGAAGAGUUAUGCUAUGUAGGAAGGCUUUUUGUAAAACUGCACGAGAAGCCUAGUAGAAUAUUGAAAAAAUUAAACAAAAUGGCUGGUUUCAAUCCUAAUGAGAAAAUCAUACUUUUUGAGGAGACAAAAUCUGAAUCUUGCACCAUGUGUGUUCCCAUUAGCAAGAAGUUAACAUUUCUUUGUAGUAAGCUCAGAGAUGGAGACAUCAUUUGCUUUCAGAAAUCGGAAAAGAUCGAGCAAUGCCAUUGUCCAGAUGUUCCAUCAUUCUUUGAGUAUCUCAACUCCAAGGGAGACUUUGUUGAUGGUCGGCCUCGUUUGCAAACUAUAAUUCGAGAUGUUCAUGUAACUUGGCUCCCACAAUCAAGAAUUAACAUCACUCAAGAGCAAGCAACUCAUGUAGAAGUUAUUUGUCCUCAGGUAGCCCCGCAUGUUAAAACGAUACCUAUCCCAUCUGUCACCCCUACUGUUCAUCCGCAUGUCCAUCCUCAUCAGGAGCCAAAUUUAGUUGAAGCAGAAAUGAAUUCUUCUCUAUCUUCAUUUGAUGCCUUGUUUGCUGAUAUCCAAAGCCUUUUGGAAGUAAAGGCUGGUGAGGCCAUUAAUUCUAGCUGCCUUCAGAACUCAGUGCCUAGCACUGAUGAUGAGAUUACGAAUGCACGUAAAAUCGUUAAACAAUGCCUUGAUAUGAGGCUUGCGAGCUUCAUCGAGUCAGGAAGAACUCGUGAAUUUAAACAUGCAGUUUCUGUUAUGCUUGCUGUCAAUUCAUUUCCUGACAGCGAAGUAGAUGAGGUAACAAAGUUUCUGGAUGAUUUGAACAAAACUUGUGAACGAUAUAUGGGUGCAGAGCAGGACAUAAGGGAGGCCGAACAGAAUGUGAGAUCAGUAAUUGAGUUGAAAACCUCUCUGAAGCAGUUGUCUUUUAAGUUCAUACCUACCAGGAAUCGAGCUGAGGAAGUCAAUCGAGAAAUAGCAGAUAUGGAGAGACAGCUAGCUGAAAGGAAGGUGGAGAAGGCACAGCUUCAGAGCAAUCUUGAAGAUUUGGCUGGAAAAGCUACUGCAUCAAGACAAGCUUUGAUCAAUGCUGAACUGGACAAGGAGCCAUUAUGGCUCAAAAAAGUGGAAGCGGAGAAGACAGUUGACAACACUGAAAAGUCUUGGGAAUCAUUGAAGGAACAUUGCUAUCCUUUUCUUCAGUAACUUAUGACAUGACGUAAGAUUUGUUGUGUAUCCAUCCAGAGCCAAUCCACAGAAUUUGGGGGCCUAGAAAACUUUGACUUACAGAGUUUUUUUUUUUCUUUUUCUUUCAAGAGAACCAACUUGAACAUUAUGUGGUUAUCAAAAAACAAAAAAGAAAACUUGAACUUUAUGUAAAACUUGUUUUUCAACAGUUGUAUUUUGAGCUUUUCUUUUCUUUUUUAAA